GAUUGAGCGCUGGGCUGGGCUCGUCUGACGCAGAUCGCUUCUCUCCGGGCAGUUCACAAGGAGUCUUCAAGGAUUUCUGGAUAAUGUCGAAGGACGUGAGUAGUUUUCCUCUUGUUGUACACAUUUUAGUCUCUGCUGCAUAGUAUGGUUGCAAAUUCAAGGUUCUUGAAUCUUGUAAGAAUUAGAUAUGAGAUCGGCGGAGGUGGCUUUUUCCACAUUUCAGCCGCAGCCAUCUAGUAUUGUGAAGCCGCCAUUUUAUAGCGGCCGGGCCUCAUGGCCUUUUGUUCACACGGCGUACUAUGUAUGAGAAUCAACACCUCUGUGAUAGUAAACACAGUUUUAAUAAUGGCUGCUCUUAUUGAAGCUGGAUAUAUGUACCAAAGCACACAUUCAGCUGUCGCAUUUGAUUAAUGUCGCCGUUAAUAUGAGACCACGAGAACAAUCGACCACUGUUAAUGGCGGCGGUGUCUCCGACCUCCCCUCACCGAUUUCAUAAGAGGUGAUGCAGGGUUGAGUUGAGAAGCAACCACCAGCAGCAGCAGCUUAAUAACAUAGAUUUCCAAGAACAUGUAGUCAUUUGAACACCGGCCCUCAUGUUAUGGCUUUGUUCAUGGUGCAGGUCCCACGCGAGCCGGAGCAGCUUCGCAAGCUGUUUAUCGGAGGACUGAGCUUCGAGACCACAGACGAAAGCCUGCGUGCUCAUUUCGAGCAAUGGGGGAGCCUUACAGACUGUGUGGUAAGAGAAGGCUUUGUUUUCUAAUGCACUGCUUUUAUAUUGGCCGUAUGGGACAGAAGUUGAAUUGAAAACGGACUUUUCUUGCAGGUCAUGAGGGACCCCAACACAAAGAGGUCCAGGGGUUUUGGUUUCGUCACAUACUCAUCUGUACAGGAGGUUGAUGCAGCCAUGUCUGCCCGCCCUCACAAGGUUGAUGGGAGAGUUGUUGAACCCAAGAGAGCCGUUUCCCGAGAGGUGUGUUAAGAAUCAGUCUUGCCACAACAUGAAUAUAAAGGAGAUGAGCCAAUAUUAACAGUACCUUCUUUUGUGUUAAGGACUCAAACAGGCCUGGUGCCCAUGUGACCACAAAAAAGAUCUUUGUUGGAGGCAUCAAGGAGGAUACAGAAGAGUCCCACCUGCGAGACUACUUCCAGCAGUUUGGCAAGAUUGAGGUUAUCGACAUCAUGACCGAUCGCAACACUGGCAAAAAGAGGGGCUUCGCAUUUGUGACGUUUGACGACCACGACUCAGUCGACAGGAUUGUCAGUAAGUAGAUGCUUUGUUUCCUUCUCUCUACGAUUCAUGCCAUUCUUAAAACAGAUGGGUAACAGUCUUGUGUCCCCACAGUCCAGAAAUAUCACACAAUCAACUCCCACAACUGUGAAGUAAGGAAGGCCCUGACCAGGCAGGAAAUGCAGACUACAGGAAUGGGUAUGAGAGGUUUGAUGUGUAUUUAAAAAAAUGCUUAAUUAUAAGAAGCAACCAGAUCAUUCUGGUACUGCGCACAAUCCUGAGUGUUGAUGUUAAUGUCUUUUAUUUAGGUCGCAGCAGUGGAGGAAGGCCCUAUGAAUACGACAGGGGCUUUAAUCAGGGUAAGACUGCUGAGAAUGUAGUCAUCAUUUGGCAAAGUUAAAUGUAUUGGUGUGAUAUCUAACACUCCACCUUCUCUCCCAUCAGGUGGCAGGGGGCGAUAUGGAGACGGCCCUUACAACUGCAAUGGAGGAGAUGUUGGUAAGAAAGGCUUAUACUCUCGGCUCUAUUUGCAAAUUGUUUUUAUUUAGAUACUAAAUCCAACAUUUGUUCUAGGUUAUGGAGGUGGUCCUGGGGGUCCUGGUGGCUACAAUAAUGGAGGCAACCGGGGCUACAACCAAGGCUACAACCAGGGUGGCGGUGGAGGAGGUGGUGGAUAUGGUGGAAAUGGUUAUGACAGCAAUGGCUAUGGUAAGUGUUGUGAUAUAUUUUUUUCUCCCUUGCUUUAAUAGUUUCAAAAGGUUUUUUGUUAACUGAGAUUCUAUUUCUUCAAAGGCAACUGCGGUGGAGGUGGAGGCGGCGGCGGUGGAGGAAACUACAAUAACAUGGGCCACUAUGACCCCCAGGCCUCCAACUUUGGCCCAAUGAAGAACUUUGGUGGUGGCGGCGGCGGUGGAGGAGGUGGAAGGAACUUUGGUAUGUUGAAAACGUGAGCUUAAAUGACCGAUUUGACCCUUCUGUACCUGAAGACUGACCUUUCCUGUUCUUGCUUGAAGGAGGCUAUGGAAGUGGCUCAAACAAUGGUGGAUACGGCCGUCGCUUUUAAAUGUGAAGUGAGUAACAAGAGGCAUGCCUGAACUAUACACUUUGUAUCAUAAACCAGAGUUUGUAUCUGAAGGGACACGUUAAGUGUAGAUAACGAUUUAAAACAAUCACUCUGGAUGUCAGGUCAUACAAAGUCAGUGCACAGUUAACAAUGUUGUUCCGUAUUGUUCAACAGGACUAUGUACUUAGGAGAGGAGAGCGAGGAGAGCAAGCGAAAUGACAGGGCAGCUGCAGGUUUUCCUCCUAAAUCUGCUCAGCCAAACAGUUGUGGCAGGUUACUGCCGCUGCAAGAAGAGAUGUACAGUAGCUUAAUCAUGGAGGGUCUUCAUUUAAACAUUUUUGUGUUUUUUCAUCAACUGUGUUACUGGAAAGAAAGCAUUCCAACAAGGUUUUAUGUAGAUUUUUUCUUUUUUGAGUCUGGUUUUUAUUUGUAACUGCAUCCAAUCAAGCUGAAAUAAAACAUCUUUCAGUUUUUUUUAAGUCCUUGUUAGCCUCUUAAGUGAUUUGGGUAAGGGAGGGUUCAUUAUCAGUGUCUGCACAAAGGUGGGGAGAGCCACAUUUGACACACUGUAAGGUGACUGGUUAAGGUGAUGGAUGAAAGAACUACACAUGCAUUCAAUGCAUGUGAUAUAAACAUAUAUAAACAACACGGCGUGGUGUACAAAUACAUUCAACAUAAAGAGCUCGUCACGUGGUACAGACUGUCCUGAGCUCUGCAAUGAUCAUCUGGAGGAUGCUAGCUUACAUGCAAAGUCUUUGAGGCUAGCCAUGGAAGCCAGCUGAGGGAGAGAAGUAGCAAAAUCAUCGCCAGGAUCAUUGAAGCAGGGGAGAGUGAGAAAAGAGGCCUGAGACUAGCAGGCAGCAGCUACCAAAGGGCUUAUAUGCUGUGUAGGUAAGACCAGCCUUCUCAACUAUAGUAUGUCUUGCUUAUUUUGUCAUGUAGCUGGUAGCAAGUCCUAUAGCCGAGUAAUGACAUUACAAUCAUGUGCAAAACGUUUUAUUAUGACUUGCAACAAUGUUGACUGGUAACUUGGCCUCUUAAUUCAUCAUAGUGGCCCAAUUUAAUGCAUGCUAUGAAAAAAAAAAUCACAGCCCCCUUUUAUAAAGUUUUAUCUUUACUCAUUUCUCUUUCUCUUUUCCAGGUAACUGCAUGUCCCUGAAACCUGACCUCACUCCCUGAUAACGGCCAAAUAAGGUAAAAGUUGUCAAAAUCACACAUUCAUUUAGCUCGAGAUCAUUUUUCUAACUUUUUUUUUUUUUUUUUCACAGGUUUGUAAAAAAAAUCUUGUGGGUGUAGAAGACUUUUUUUCUUCUUUUUUUUGGUCCAGAUGAAAUCCUGACUGCUGUGCAGUGUCCAAUUUUUUACCAGGAGACUGCUGUGCAGUGAUUUUAAAACUUUUUUUAAUAAAGUAUUUUUGCAUUUAAUUCU